AUGGAUCAUGGUGUGUCGGUGUCCGUUUUGCCUCGUGUGCUCGCUUACUACGCAUGUGCCGAACAGAACAGGCAAGCGACAGGAUCCAUGGAUGCACCUCAAUUGCGCCUCUGCUGUCUGUCCCUAUACGGCAAAUACACUCACUCCAGGGCUCUCUUCACUGCCGGUCGAGGGCUGCAGCUGCUUCGACUGGAGACGGGACAAUCCCGGAGACGGUACAUCGAGUACAUCUUCUGCACGACAUGCCCAUCUAUACCUGGAUGGGAACCACCUGAAACAUGCAUCCAUAUGACAAUAUUGGAUGCUGCAAUGCAAACUCCACCGCGGCUGCGUCCCUCGCCUGGUGCUUCGGCCGAGAAGCUUCGUCGUCAUGAUUGCUCAUGUAUUGGCUGCUUAAGAGGCUUUCACGCUGACCCACCUGAUGAUGAUGAUGCUGAUGAUGAUGCUGCUGCUACAUCCAUCCGCACUCGGCUCGGAGGAUCAAAGGACACAACUCGAAUAUCGCAGCCCCCCAAGGACUCUGACAGUAUCUAG